AUGUCUUACCACCAACAACAAUGCAAGCAGCCCUGCCAGCCUCCUCCUGUGUGCCCACCUCCACAGUGCCCAGAGCCUUGUCCUCCCCCACAGUGCCCAGAGCCUUGUCCUCCCCCAAAGUGCACAGAGCCUUGUCCUCCCCCAAAGUGCCAGCAGAAAUGUCCUCCUGUGCAAUACCCUCCACCCUGCCAGCAAAAGUGCCCACCCAAGAGCAAGUGA